AUGGGGACCUUCAUGGGGGACAUUGAUGGCUACUCGGUGGCAGUUGGCGAGUUCAGUGGGGACACCACCCAAGACUUUGUGGCCGGUGUCCCCAAGGGCAACCUCACCUAUGGCUACGUCACCAUCCUCAAUGGCACCAACAUGAAGUCCCUCUACAACUUCUCAGGGGAGCAGAUGGCAGCCUACUUUGGCUACGCCGUGGCAGCCACCGACGUGAACAACGACGGGCUGACGGAUCUGCUGGUGGGGGGCCCGCUGUUCAUGGCCAGGGGAGGGGGGGGCCGAGUGCAGGAGGUGGGCAGAGUGUACCUGUACCUGCAGCUGCUGGGGGGGCUGUGCCAGGGCCCCCCCUGGCACCCACCGCUGCCCCCAGCCCUGCCAUGGCCCCCAGCCCUGGCCAUGGCCCUCACUGGGGCGCUGGAGUUCGGGCGCUUCGGCAGCGCCAUCGCUGCCCUGGGAGACCUGGACCUGGAUGGCUUCAAUGAUGUGGCAGUGGGUGCCCCCCUGGGUGCUGAGAGGGCUGGCAGGGGCUGGUUUACAUCUAUGGAGGGGGGGUGGCUGGGCUGCAACCCUGAGCCCACCCAGGUGCUGAGGGGGCACUGGGCACCCGGCCCCCACCCCGACUUCUUCGGAGCCGCCCUGCGAGGGGCCACCGACCUGGAUGGCAACGGCUACCCGGACCUGCUGGUGGGUGCCUUCGGGGUGGACACGGCUGUGGUCUACAGGGGACGGCCCAUUGUCCACGCCAGUGCCACCCUCAGCGUCUUCCCCACCAUGUUCAACCCCGAGGAACGAGGCUGUGUCCUGGGCACUGGCCUCCACGUGCCCUGCAUCAACGUCACCUUCUGCCUCAACGCCUCGGGCCGGCACCUCCCUGGAGCCAUCGACUUCACCGUGGAGCUGAACGUGGACGGUGCCAAAGCUGGGGGAGGGCGCCGGGCGCUUUUCCUCCCUGGGGGGGGGUCAACCCCCAGCCACAGCUUUGGGGGGACACCCAGCCCCAAUCUGGGGGGGUCACCCACCCCAAACCUUGGGGGUUCACCCACCCACAGCCUCACCCUGCCCAUCCCCAACGGCUCAGGGCCCCGCUGCCACAGCCUGGCCGUGUACCUCAGGAACGAGUCGGAGUUCAGGGACAAGCUGUCGCCCAUCAGCCUGGCGCUCGCCUUCCGCCUGCACCCCGCGGCACAGCCCGACCGGCACGGCCUGCGCCCGCUGCUGGCACCCGCCACCCGCACCCGCCUGGAGGCCAAGGCUCACAUCCAGCUGGACUGUGGCGAUGACAACAUCUGUGUGCCCGACCUGCAGCUGGAGGCUUCCACGGACCGCCGGGUCGUUUACCUGGGCGACCGCAACAGCCUGAACGUGACGUUCAGCGCCCGCAACCAGGGCGAGGGGGGAGCCUACGAGGCUGAGCUGCACGUCAGGCCCCCUCCCCACGCCCAGUACACCGGGGUGCUGCACCCCCACGGGAACUUCUCUGCCCUGAGCUGUGAGCUGGGGGUGGGCAACGACUCCAGCCCCCUCAUCUGUGACCUGGGCAACCCCAUGAAGGCUGGGGCUAACAUUUGGGGGGGGCUGCGCUUCACCAUCCCCCAGCUCAGCGACAGCAGCAAGAGCAUCCGCUUCGAGCUGCAGAUCCGCAGCAAGAACGCCAACAACUCGCAGAGCCCGCUGGUGCGGCUGCCGCUGGAGGUGCGGGCGGCCACGCGCGUCUCCGCCUUCGGCGUGUCGCGACCCGACGUGGUGACGCUCCCCGAGGGGCCGUGGGCAGCGCAGCCGCGGCGGCUGCAGGAGCUGGGGCCGCCCGUCGAACACGUCUAUGAGGUGCUGAACGAGGGUCCCAGUGCCAUCAGCCAGGGGACACUGGAGCUGAGCUGUCCCCUGGGGCCCCGAGGCCACCCCCAGCUCUACGUCACCGGCCACUCGGGGCCCCCCAACUGCUCCUCCAGCCACCCCCUGGACCCCCUGCGCCUGGCGGAGCAGAGCCCAGAGCCCCACGUGCUGCAGCGCCGGGACACAGGGGACAGUUGGGGACACCCCCCAGCCCCCCCCAGCCUGGGCUGCCCCGAGCCCGAGUGUUUCCGCCUGAGCUGCCCCAUGGGUGCCCUGGAGCGGCAGCAGCGUGCCAGCCUGCGCCUCACCUUCCACCUCUGGGCAUCAGCCCUGCGCCAGCGGGAGGUGCGGGCGCAGGCGCUGCGCUGUGAGGCCGAGUACCGUGUGCUGCAGCUGCCCUACCGUGUGCACCCGCUGCAGCACCCCGUGCAGCGCCUGCAGGUGCUGACGGGGCUGCAGUGGGCACGGGCCGAGGCUGGCAGCGGGGUGCCCGUGUGGGCCGUGGUGCUGGCCGUGCUGCUGGGGCUGCUGCUGCUCGCCCUCCUCUGCUACGGCCUCUACAAGUUGGGCUUCUUCAAGCGCUCGGGGCCCUACGGCACGGCCAUGGAGAAGGCGCAGCUGAAGCCUCAGGCGGCCUCGGAGGCCUGACGGGCCCCGUGCCCACGGGGGCACCCCCUGGUGACACCCAGCGCUGGCACCCACCCCACGCCGUGGGCCAGCCACCCCCACACUGGGCACCACCCACACACUGGACACCGGCCCCAGCGCCGCCAGGGCUGGGCAACGACCCCCCAGCUGGUGCCACCGGGAUGGGCAUCGUCAGCAAGAGGCGUGCCAGCGGCGUGGGCAGCAGCUCUGCAUGCCGUGCCACCAGGGUGGGCAGCAGCUCUGGCUGUGGAACUGCUGGGGUGGGCAUCAGCAGCAGGCACAGUGCCACCAGGAUGGACAACAACCCCUGAGCUGGUGCCACCGGGAUGGGCAUCGCCUCUGGCUGUGGAACCACCAGGAUGGGCAUCAGCUCUGGCUGUGGAACAUCAGCUCUGGGGUGGGCAUCAGCAGCAGGCACAGUGCCACCAGGAUGGGCAUCAACAGCACAUGUGGUACCACCAGGAUGGGCAUCAGCUCUGGCUGUGGAACUGCUGGGGUGGGCAUCAGCAGCAGGCACAGUCUCACCAGGCUGGACAGCAACCCCUGAGCUGGUGCCACUGGGAUGGGCAUCACCUCUGGCUGUGGAACUGCUGGGGGUGGGCAUCAGCAGCAGACACAAUCUAACCAGGAUGGACAACAACCCCUGAGCUGGUGCCACCAGGAUGGGCAUCAGCUCUGGCUGUGACCCUACCAGGAUGGGCAUCAGCAGCAGGCACAGCCCCCUGAGGUUGAACAACAACCCCUGAGCUGGUGCCACUGGGAUGGGCAUCACCUCUGGCUGUGGAACCACCAAGAUGGGCAUCACCUCUGGAUGCAGUACUGCUGGGAUGGGCAUCAGCAGCAGAUGUGGUACCACCAGGAUGGGCAUCAGCUCUGGCUGUGGAACUGCUGGGGUGGGCAUCAGCUCUGGCUUUGGUACCACCAGGAUGGGCAUCAGCAGCAGACACAGUCUAACCAGGAUGGACAACAACCUCUGAGCUGGUGCCACCAGGAUGGGCAUCACCUCUGGCUGUGGAACCACCAAGAUGGGCAUCACCUCUGGUUGUGGAACUGCCAGAGUGGGCAUCAGCAGCAGAUGUGGCACCACCAGGAUGGGCAUCAUCAUCAGACAUGGUGCCACCAGGAUGGGCAUCACCUCUGGCUGUGGCAUCACCAGGAUGGGCAUCAGCAGCAGACACUGUCAAACCAGGAUGGGCAUCAGCUCUGGCUGUGGCACCUCCAGGAUGGGCACCACAGGCACAGGGGGUGACACUGAGCUGGGCACAGCCACUCUGAGCACUGCUACCGUGUGCCCACCCCCCAGGAGCUGCACAACCAGCACCUGACCUCGCCUGGCACAGGGCCUGGGGACACUGGUGGCGCCUUGGCACGGUGUCACCAUCCCCUCACCGUGGCACAGGGGCACGGUGUCACCUCAUCACGGUGAAAACCACACCCUGGUGUCACCUUCUGGUGCUGUCACCCGUCCUGGUGUCACCUCAUUGCGGUGUCACCCCUCUAUGGUGUCACCUUGUCACAGUGUCACCCCAUCAUGAUGUCACCUGGCUGUGGUGUCACCUCUUUAUGGUGUCACCUGGCCACAGCAUCACCCUGUUGUGGUGUCACCCCAUCGUGAUGUCACCCUCUCAUGGUGUCACCUGCACACAGUGUCACCCAGUCAUGGUGUCACCCCACUGUGAUGUCACCCUCUCACGGUGUCACCUGCACACAGUGUCACCCUGUCACAGUCUCAUCCAGUCAUGGUGUCACCCCAUUGUGCUGUCACCCUCUCACAGUGUCACCCAGCCAUGGUGUCACCCUGUCAUGGUGUCACCUGGCCACAGCAUCACCCUGUUAUGGUAUCACCCCAUUGUGAUGUCACCCUGUCACAGUGUCACCCAGCCAUGGUGUCACCUGCACAUGGUGUCACCCUCUCACAGUGUCACCCAGCCAUGGUGUCACCCCCAUUGUGAUGUCACCCCUCUCAGAGUGUCACCUGCACAUGGUGUCACCCUCUCACAGUGUCACCCAGCCAUGGUGUCACCCUGUCAGUGUCACCUGCACACGGUGUCACCCUCUCACAGUGUCACCCAGCCAUGGUGUCACCCUGUCAGUGUCACCUGCACACGGUGUCACCCUCUCACAGUGUCACCCAGCCAUGGUGUCACCCCAUUACAAUGUCACCCCCUCCCAGUGCCCCCCCCCCGUGCUGUCACCGCUGCACUGCCCUUGCCCCCCCCUCCCCGUGGGCACCUCACUUUGCACUGACCCCGUGCCCACAACUUGGGGGGGGGGUGGGGGGACACACACAAACACCCCCCCACCUCUCACCCCCCCUCCCGUGUCCGUGGGGUGUCCCCCAGCCCCAUCCCGCGUGGGGGGGGGGGGUGAUUGCACUAACGCGGGGGGGGGGGGCUGGGGGGGCUUCGGUUUGUAUUUAAUGGGGGGGGCAGCCUCAGGGUUCACCCCCCCCCCAAAUAAACGUGUCUGACCCA